AUGAGGGUGACGUCAUUAUUUGUCGCGUCGGCUCUGGGAGCCUUCGCGAGCUUCCAGACCACCGUGCUCGCAAGAUCCUUGGGCUCGACAGAGCUGCAGAACGUUCUAGACGACACUGAUAAUGCACCGGAGUAUCACUAUCCAACGGACUUCACCAGAGAAAUCAUUCCGGUGCGUUCUUCCGAAACAGCUGAUGAAGGGCAUCCUAUGAGGUUUAGGGAGUCUAAUUGUGACUACUGGAGAGAUCGCCCCGUAUACUCUGCUAUCGCGGCCGGCUGCGUCUCGAUCGAAGCCGAUGUUUGGCUGAUCAAUGGUACUCUAUAUGUCGGCCAUCACCGAUCAUCCUUGGCGGAGACCCGGACUCUCAAAUCAUUAUAUAUCGAUCAGAUUGUUCAAAUCCUCAAGCGCCAGAACCCCCAAAAUAAAUUCGUUCCGUCAUCCACGAGAAAUGGCGUGUUCGACACCAAUCCGGCGCAGACAUUAUAUUUAUUCAUAGAUAUUAAAACCGAUGGAGUCGAAACCUGGAAACAGGUUUCCAAAGACCUUCAACCUCUCCGAGACCUGGGCUAUUUGACCAAAGUUAAGAAUGGCAUUAAGAUUUCGGCUCCUGUCACCGUCAUCGGUACAGGAAAUACACCAUUAAACUUGAUCACCGAGCUUGAAAACCGCGAUUACUUCUACGAUGCACCACUCGCCGAACUUGACCAGCCCGAGUUUGAUAACAUCUCUUCCUUGAUCUCUCCGAUUGCAUCGACUAGCUUUGAAGCCGCCGUUGGUGCAACAAAUCAAGACAAGGAAGACCCCCUGACUAGCGCCCAGCUAGAAACCAUCCGGGCCCAAAUUAAGAAAGCAAAUAGCAAAGGAAUUGGGGCUAGGUACUGGCAAACGCCUGGUUGGCCGAUUCGAAAGCGGAAUGAGAUUUGGAGAGUGCUGCUGAAGGAAGGCGUUGCAUUGCUGAACGUUGAUGAUCUAGACGCGGUUAAAGAGUAUUUCUAG